AUGCUCGACCAUGUCUUCGGCCAUGCCCGCCCGGGCUCAAACCCCCCUCCCCCACGAGCUCCUGGUCAACGCGCCGCUCUCUCGAUCCAUUCAGAGUGGCUGCCCCUUCUCUCCUCCGCUCGCCGCUUGGCCGUAGAAAAGAAGUCCCGGCAGCGGACAUGGCCGCCGCCUCUCUACAUUGCCGUCGCCAACCACCAUGGGGGCAGCUUCCGCUACACGCGCCCCGUCCUGCAGAGCGCGCUCCAACUCAUGGGCUGCAAGCCACGCCACGCUUUCAGGGUCCGUCUUCCACCCUCAUCUCACUUAUGUAGCCCGGCUUUCUGA